AUGAGCUGCCUCACGUUCGUCAAGCUGAUGAUGGUUUUCUUCAACCUUCUUGUCUUUCUGGGAGGUGUGACCCUGCUGACCGUGGGAAUAUGGGUGAGCGUGGACGGCAACGCCUUCCUCCUCUUCCUGGGACCCUUCUCUAAUCAGGCCUUACAGUUCAUCAAUGUGGGCUUUUACUGCAUCGCCAUCGGAGUGGUGCUGGUUCUGCUGGGGCUCCUGGGCUGCUGUGGGGCCCGAAAGGAGAGCAAGUAUCUGCUGCUGGCGUUCUUCUCCGUCAUCCUCAUCAUUUUCAUUGCUGAAGUGGCAGCAGGAGUCGUGGUGUUGGCCUACUCUUCAUUUGCUGGGGGGAUCCUCAGAGUGUGGGCCACCCCUGCAUUUCAGACCCAAUACGGCAGCGAUCCUGUUGUCACUGAGAUCUUGAACACCACCAUGACAGAGCUGAAGUGCUGUGGUUUCUCCAACUACACGGAUUUUGAGGGCUCAAAGUUUGAGGAGCAGAAUGGAGGCAGCCUGCCACCCAGCUGUUGUUGGACCAACAUCGCCCCCUGCAGCCUCAUCGAGGCAGCGCUCCUACCUGUGCAGGGCUGUUUUGAACACAUCCUGAACACCGUUCAAAAGCAGGCCAACAUUGUGGGCGGCCUCGCAGCAGGAGGCGGAGUUUUACAGAUUGCUGCCAUGAUUGUGUCCAUGUACCUGUAUUGUCACCUGGACAGCAGAGUCAGCUGAGGCUUCCUCUCCAGAAGGACCACAGAUCCCCGAUGAUGUCCUGCUGUUAUUAACUCAGAGCCUCACCGUCACAUUCACUUUUCUAUUUAGCCUAAAACCAUCUUCAUUUUAUUUUCAUCUUGUAAAAAUUACACCUAUGAAGUGUAAAUUUAUCCAUCAAUAAAAUAUAUUGAGCUCA